AAAGCUUUGCAGAGUGCAAACAUCAUCUCUGCCUUGAAAUCUGACCGAAUGCAUCUCAUCCUGAAAGUGCCUAUGCAAUUAUUUGCUCUCCUCUGUUUUUAACAAGACAGAAUCAUGUUUGACUUUCCCCUUAAGUGACUUUUUGACUCGUUUGACCAUCUUCCCAUCUCUCUUUUUAAACAGGUUCACAGUGCAAAUACAUUGAUGCAUUGAGAUUAAUGGAUUGAAACUAAUAAGUGUGUCUGCGUAUGUGUGUGUGUAUGUGUGUGUGUGUGUGUGUGUGUGUGUGUGGAUCACGCCACCUGGGCAUCACUAUAUAAGACUCAGAACAUCAGGCUGGGACCGUGAAAUCGCACUGGGAGCCAGGAAGGAGAAACCAGUAAGGCAACAUCAACAUAUUUGACUUUAUUUCUCUGUGACGACCCAGCGCAAUCCAGGUAAGAUGAUGACAAGGAUCUAUGCCUUUAUUGGACUUUUAUUUCUUAUUCUGAUCCAGAGCAGCCAACAGAUUCCCAUACAAGAAAACAUGGAAGAAAACUCCAGCUUUAUGUCUGAGGAUGCACUAUUUAGUGACCCAAGAGAAGUGAGCAACAUGAAGAGACAUUCAGAGGGCACAUUCUCAAACGAUUACAGCAAAUACCUGGAGACCAGGAGAGCACAAGACUUCGUUCAGUGGUUAAUGAACUCCAAGAGAAGUGGAGUCCCCACAAGACGGCACGCAGACGGCACAUUCACCAGUGACGUCAGCUCUUACCUGCAGGACCAGGCGGCAAAAGAGUUUGUGUCCUGGCUAAAGACAGGUAGAGGACGAGGCGAGUGACGACUCAUGACAGCGAGAUAAAAACUACUGUGAUAUUCUGCCU